AUGAAUGACAUAAAAACUAAUUAUGUAAUUUUUGAAAAGCUGAAGGAGCGAUCCCCUGGCUCUUGCUGUCGUGUGGCAGAGGAGAGGUGGCGCGUGUGCGCAGGCGCGGGCAACCGGGCGCUGGACGUGGAGGCGACGGCGUACGGCGCGCUGUCGCUGCUGCGCGCGGGCGGCCGCGACCACUUCCUGCAGGCGCUGGACGCCGUGCGCUGGCUGGCGCGCAACGCCAACGCCCACGGCGGCUUCGUCUCCACGCAGACGCUGGCCGUUCGCUUUCAGGACACGGUGGUGGCGCUGGAGGCGUUGACGCAGUACGCCAGCCUGGUGCCGCAGCAGCGCACCGCCCUCUCGCUGCUGCUGACGGCCAGCGGCGUGCAAGAGAAGUUCCACAUCGGCCACGAGGACCGGCUCAUCCUGCAGACGGUGCCGCUCCCGGAGCUGCCCACGCGCGUCGAGGUGCAGGCGGAGGGCGAAGGCUGCGCGCUCAUCCAGGCGUCGCUCAGGUACAACGUGAAGACGCCCUCCGGCAGCGACGCGUUCGAGCUGGACGUGAAGACGGGCCCCGUGGCUUCGGUGGACGCGUGCGCCGUGCAGCGCGUGGAGGCGUGCGUGCGCUUCAAGCUGCCCGGCCAGACGUCCAACAUGGCCGUGCUGGAAGUCAACAUGGUGUCGGGGUACAAGCCCGACAGGUCUUCUCUUCACCAUUUGGCGGUGAACCAAGGGCCAAAGGGGUUCAAACGAUGGGAGGAAGAAGAAGACAAGGUUAAUUUCUAUUUCGAAGAACUUACGAACAAAUGGAACUGCGUGAGCUUCCUCAUUUCACAAGAAGCAGACGUAGAAAAUCCGACAUUUGCCGUUGUAACUGUGUACGAUUACUAUCGUCAGGAAUUGUCAUUGUCGCAGAAAUAUUCUACAGAUGCUGGAUGCAGAAAUGAAAGAUUGCCAGAUCCUCAACCUCAGAUUGCUGAUCAGACACUGCGAGACCUCGACUCGGCGAAUGUAACGCUGGGAGACGCCCCGUCGUACACUCCGGAUUCCGGGCCCGUGCCCGUCAACAACGAAACGGGAAUCCCGGAGCAUCUAAAUCAGCAAUUCGUUAAUGUGGAUGACGACCUGGAGACGCCGACUGGCAAUGAGGGCCCCGACCCGGCGUACGCUCUGCCGCAGUCCGAUCGCGCCAUGCCCUCCGAAGAAGAAUUCGACACAAAUUGCCCGCAUUGCACAAAUACAGCUCCUCAAGACUUUUCCCAUUUGUACUGUAAUUCGACUAUUGUAUACAAGAUGGCUUUAAAGAAGGCCCAUGCACGUAUUCUUCUUGACCUAACACCCAGACGUGCUCCAAAAAGAUUUAGAAAGAACGUGGUUUUAAGAAUGGAUGAAAACUGUGAUUGUGAACCUCUCAAAAAAGUUGGAGAAAUUCAACAUUUCAUAAUGAUGAGUAAACAAGAUUUGGAAUUAAUCAGGACUAAUACACAUUCUUUUGAUAGAUUGAUGCUGGAUGAAAGAAUUAGCAUUUUCCAUGUACCUGUGCAACCUGGACAGCCAGAAUUAAUUAAGAAAGUUAGACAGAGUUGUGUGUGAAGUUUUUAUAUUUACAUUUUUUAACUGUUAAAAGAGAGUAUUGUGAUACAAAUCACAUUCAUAACCAAAACGUUUGUGUUUGUUGAGUGUAUAUUUAUAUAAAAACGAAUGAAGGGGUGCCAAAGUGCAGGAUUUGUUGAACAAAUCCACUAACUUGAAGCUCUAUUUGGUACUUAAGCCAAGGAUUACUGAGCCCUAAGCAAAGCUGCAAAAUGCAAAUAAAAAUAUACAUAAAACCGAGUGCAAUCCCUACAGUGAUUCAAGACUUAAUAUCUCUUUCAAGAGACUUGUAAUAUAUUUAACUUUCUAGUGCAUGUAAAAUGACAUUGAGAGUAAUUUUGAAAGUUGUAUACAGUAGAUAUAAUAUUAACAGUGAUGUACCAAAUAAUAAAGUAUAAGCCUUUGGCUUAAAUCCUUUAAAUAUUGUUUUAAAAUAAUUAUAUUUAAGAAUGUUGCAUUCCUAGCGAAUUUUAUAAAGUACAUGGACAAGACCUUUUACCUUAAACGUCGAAUUCAGGAUUUUUCUGUUUGUAGGUAAGUAAUAAAAACAAAGUGUAGUUAUGAAAGCAAUAAAAAUCAGCCAUAGUUGCUGUAAAAAGAACAUUCUGCAGAAACGCUCUUAUACGAAGGCCUAUAAGAAGGAACUAGUGGUGCAAUAUUACAUACUUUCUCGUAUUAUUUUUAGUGAUCUAGGGUUGCAAAAACUCCUUUCAGGCAAUUUCGGCGAAAAUUGGCUGCAGAUUGAACACAGACGGACGGACAGACAGACCCUCGAACAGACACAAUCUGCUUUCAGUAUCAAGAACCCAUAUGGAUUCUGGGUACACCAUGUGUUAGAGAAAGUUAUUUACUGCCUAUAGCAACAGGAUUUGUCCACUUUUUCGUUACCACGGCAAUAAGUGGUUUUUCUGUCUAACUAUAUCACUGAAAAGGGACAAUUCGAACGCCAGAGAAGAAAAUAAAGGAAAAGAAAGCUGUCAUUAAAGUAUACGAUGACUUUGUGGGUAGUGCUGUUCGAUCGAAAGUGCAUUCCUUGCAU